AUGGCCUCGAUCCACCUCUCGCUCUCGACCAACUCGUCCCCGCCAGCUCGUGCUGCCGCCCUCGUCCACGCCGUGUACGGCCAGUUUGUCCCGGACCUCACCCUCUCGCACGCCGACUCGCUCGCUCUCGAAUCCCCCAAGGGCAAAGUCACCGCCCUCGCCGACAUCGUCACCGCCCUCGUCGACGCCGCAGGCAAGACCAACGACGCCCUCGGCAACACCCCGCAGCAGCAGGACGCCGCAAAGCACUUCCUCGCCAAGCUCGACUCGCCCUCACUCGACUCGCCCGACUCGCUCAAGGCCAUCGACACCGACCUCACCACAAAGACCUACUGCGCCGGCGAGUCGUUGACCGCCGCCGACCUCGGCCUCUUUGCCGCCGUCCACCCGCACAUCGCCCAAGCCUCGCACUCGACCCUCCUGUCGCACCCGGCCUUGACCCGCCACUUUGACCACGUCCAGCACCUCCCGCUCGUCGCCUCGGCCCUCGCGCGCAACCCCGACCUCCUCGAGGGCCGCCCCGCCCUCGUCGCCAUCGACGUCGACAACGUCCCCGUCGUCGAGGUCAAGCCCGACGUCAAGCCCAAGAAGCCCAAGGCCGACGCCGCCGCUGCUGCCGCUCCCGCCGCCGCCGCCGACAAGCAGCAGAAGCAGGCGCCCGUCGACAAGGUCGUGAGCGACAAGAAGAAGGGCGAGCAGGCCGGCGCUCCCGCUACCGCGGGUGCAGCAAAGGACGGCGCCAGCAAGAAGGGCGACAAGAAGGACAAGCCGCCAAAGGAGAAGAAGGCGCCCGCGCCCGCACCGGUCGCAGAGGCGCCCGCGCCGUGGAUGGUCGACCUGCGCGUCGGCAAGAUCGUCGAGGUCUCGGUCCACCCGGACGCCGACUCCCUCUACGUCGAGAAGAUUGACGUUGGCGAGGCCGAGCCGAGAACGAUCCUGUCGGGCCUCGUCAAGUACAAGACGCUCGAGCAGAUGCAGGGCGCCAUGGUCAUCACCGUGUGCAACCUCAAGCCCGUCAGCAUGCGCGGCAUCAAGUCGUUCGGCAUGCUUCUCUGCGCCACCUCGCCCGAGGGCAAGGACGCCGGCGUCGAGUUUGUCGACCCGCCCGCCGGCUCCGAGCCGGGCGACCGCGUCUACUUCGAGGGCAUGCAGGACCGCACCGCGCUCGAGCUCCUCAACCCCAAGAAGAAGAUCUUCGAGACGGUGCAGCCGGGCUUUACGACGCUCGCCAACCGCGAGGCGGCCUGGGUCGCCGACGCCGGCAAGGGCGAGACGCACAGGAUCGUGACCGACAAGGGCGUGUGCUGUGCGCCGACGUACGUCGGCGCGAGCUUGUCGUAGUGCCGGCGCGAGGCCAUGUACUGCUCUUUGUCCCGGUU